AUGAAGCAAGAGAAUGAAGAAGGAAGGGAUCUGAAGAAGCCAUUUUUACACACAGGAAGUUGGUAUAGAAUUAGUGGAAGAAGAGAAUCAUCAAGUUUAUUUGGGUCAACUCAAGCAAUUCGUGAUUCUUCCAUCUCUGUCAUUGCUUGUGUUCUCAUUGUUGCUUUGGGUCCAAUUCAGUUUGGUUUUACAGCAGGGUAUACAUCACCUACUCAAUCCGCUAUCAUCACAGAUCUUGGUCUCUCAGUUUCUGAGUUUUCUCUGUUUGGUUCAUUGUCCAAUGUGGGUGCCAUGGUUGGAGCAAUAGCUAGUGGUCAAAUUGCUGAGUAUGUUGGGCGCAAAGGGUCUUUGAUGAUUGCAUCCAUUCCCAAUAUUAUUGGUUGGUUGUUCAUCUCUUUUGCAAAAGAUUCUUCUUUUCUCUAUAUGGGAAGAUUGUUGGAAGGAUUUGGCGUUGGAAUAAUAUCUUACACGGUGCCAGUAUAUAUAGCUGAGAUAUCACCUCAAAAUUUAAGGGGAAGUCUGGUUUCAGUAAACCAGCUUUCUGUCACCAUUGGAAUUAUGCUGGCUUAUCUUCUAGGACUUUUUGUUGAAUGGAGAUUCCUUGCAAUUUUAGGAAUUAUACCUUGUAUGUUAUUAAUACCUGGUCUAUUCUUCAUUCCUGAGUCUCCAAGAUGGCUAGCGAAAAUGGGCAUGACAGAAGAAUUUGAACGUUCCUUGCAAGUGCUCAGAGGUUUCGAAACUGAUAUUUCAGUCGAAGUCAAUGAAAUUAAGGCUUCUGUUGCAUCGGCAAAUAGAAGAAGCACCGUUCGAUUUUCAGAACUCAAGCAAAGAAGAUAUUGGCUUCCUUUGAUGAUUGGAAUUGGACUUCUUGUUUUGCAACAGCUUUCUGGGAUCAAUGCUGUUCUUUUCUAUUCCAGUACAAUCUUUCAAAAUGCUGGAAUUAGUUCGAGUGAUGUAGCUACAUUUGGAGUCGGUGCUGUUCAGGUUCUUGCUACCAUUUUAACUUUGUGGUUAGCAGACAAAUCUGGUCGCCGGCUUCUACUUAUUGUUUCUUCAUCUGCAAUGGCUUUGAGUCUUUUGGUUGUUUCAAUAUCAUUCUAUUUGAAGGAAUAUAUAUCACCGGAUUCUGAUUUAUAUGCAACAUUGAGCCUAGUAUCAGUGGCUGGAGUUGUGGUCAUGGUUAUUGCAUUCUCUCUGGGAUUAGGAGCAAUGCCAUGGAUUAUAAUGUCUGAGAUUCUUCCAAUUAACAUCAAAGGCCUAGCUGGAAGUUUUGCAACACUUGCCAAUUGGUUCUUUUCCUGGUUGGUUACAUUAACAGCAAAUUUGCUCUUAGAUUGGAGUUCUGGAGGAACCUUCACAAUCUAUACUGCAGUGUGUGUUUUCACAGCAGGAUUUGUUGCCAUUUGGGUCCCCGAGACAAAGGGGAAAACUCUUGAAGAAAUACAACAGUUUUUCAGAUGA